GCUCUCAACCAUUGUCAACCAGAGAGAAACCUUGUCAACCAAUGUCAACCAUAUCUCCUGAUGUCAUGAAACUCGAAACGUGUAUAUCGAUAUUCGACAGACCCUAAUGGGGUGAAGUUGGUCACCAUUACAAAACAUAUGUUCCGGAUGGUUGGUUUGACGGUUUUGACAGUGGGAUUGACGGAUAAGCGAAUGAUUUAUCCGAUAUCAAAGCAUUUAAAUGUUAUCGCGAAUAUUCCGUGGAGAAAAUGAGAAUGCCUCUGUUAAGAGAAAGCGGCAAAUUGACACCCUGAAAAUUUUUAACGACAACGUAGUCGAACUGAGAGAGGAUGUGGAGUACCAAGUUCAGUUUGAUGCAGGGGAUAAGCGAAUGGCUAUCAUGGUCUCGCUCUCGCCUGAAUUUCCCCUAGAAAAACCUGUUCUCAGAGUAUCUCCUCCGAUAAAUCAUCCAUGGUGCAACGAGCACAAUGAAAUCGUCAAUGCUCCGGGACUAUUAAAUUUUACGGUACACAGCGACCUUGGCAGGGUCGUCCAAGCCAUCAUUAGAGAGUUCAGUAAAAACCCACCAAAGCUUAUCGAAGAUAGUCCACCGCCGGUCUCUUCCGUAUGCCACAGAGAUUUGAAUGAUAGAGUAUCGCCGUCCUAUGCCCUGCAACAACAAUACCCUGAGAUACCGUCGACUUCGUAUAAUUCUUAUUACAACACCCACUACCCGCAAUAUUCGUCGUCAAGUACAAACACGAACAACACAGGUUACAAUUAUAACUACAAAAACUCGGGUAACACAUAUGCGAUAGAGAGUCAAGCUAAGUCCUUUGCUUCGACUUCACAUCUUUCUACUUAUUCGCCGAGUUCUACCAGCAAUUCUUUGCACAGUACUAAAGCUCCGUGUUAUUCCUCCAAUCAAUAUGCCAACACCCCUUACCUCAACUCGCAUUAUGGCGGCACGAAUUAUGGACAAACGGCGCAGACUAACGUCAGGUCAAAAACACCUCAGUGCUCGGAAUUUCCAGAAUUAAACGAUCUGAGUACAGAGGAACUGCAAAAACUCGGUGACAAUGUCGAUAGAUUAGACGAGUUUUUGGAAAAGCAUUCCCAGAUUAAGGAUCUCAAUACCACAGUAGAAGACGCCAUCGAUUGGGUCGAAAAUACAGCCAGGGGAAAUCUGCUGAAGGAAUCUGAACUCGAAGAACUUAGAAAUCAAGUAGCAGAGAAAGCGGAAAGAGUAACGAUUCUAAAAGCUAGAUAUGACCAGCUUAAUCAGAAGUACAAUAAAUUAUCAGAAGUGUUCACGCCAGAUCACAUAAAGAACUGCUUAAAACAUGCGGCUGACGAAAGCCAUGAAAAGAGUGAAGCGAUUGCGGAAGAUUUUUUGAACAGAAAAAUUGAUGUCGAACGUUUUUUGAGCACUUACGUAGAAUGUCGAAAGCUUGGACAGGCACGGCGAACUAAGGAAGAAAAGUUAGCUCACCAAUUGAACGAACUGAAACGGGCUGGUUACUAACAAUGUUAUUAACAAAAGUGUAAAAUUCCGUUUUUCUAACUAACCCAAUGAACUGUACAUAAUAUUUAGUUAAAUUAAAUGAUAAUUGCGAAUUUGAAAUUUUGCAUUUACAUACUAUACAUCAUACUUGUCAGUGCUGCUACUAGCAUCGAAAAUAAUUCUAAAAUUAUCGAACACACGAUGUGCUACAGAAGGAACGUUAUCAUGUCAUGUGAUAGGUUUCAAAUUAAUUUGACUCAAUGUCAUAACCAUCAAUUUGAACAUCAAAUUAAUUUGAAAAGUGAUUUGGCGAUGGCCUGCAAUGUAUUUUUUACUACGUAAAUAUCAUGAAAUACAUACAGUCAAUUUUAUUGCAUUACACGCUGUGUCGUCUGGUUUUGUAAAUGUUCCUAAUAUUGUAAUAGUAUUGGCUAAUGCGAGAAUGUUAAAACAUGUAGAUUGAAAAAAACCUAAACCUUGCUUUGACAGACGUCAAGAUGAAACACAGAAAAGACACGGAGCUUUGAUAGCAGCAUUCAUUCGUCCAAUAUACUCAUUUCAUAUCUAGUCUAUCGAGUGAAGUUAAUUGAUAUUGACUCGGAGAAAUUAAUCAACUCGUAAAACAGGUGACUCAUUCCUUCAUUACUUACAUCGAACUGAUAAUGAUCAUCCCAAAAAUUUGAUAGUAUUCAGUUAUUUUUUUGAACUUAAAACAGCACUGCAUAUUAUAUGUCUAUAAAUAACUUGCACUCAUACAGACGAAUUAUGCUGCAAUCGAAAUUCUGUCAUAGGGCCAGUCAAGUGGUGUUGAUAGUUCAAAAGUAAUAAAAUUUUCAACACCAGUUGCUGGUUCGUGAGCUUAUGUUGAGUUGAAAAAUGUGCAUUCUUGAAACACGCAUUAUGCUUCACAUUGGUCUUGCAUUGCUGUGUCUACUUUAAGGAUUGAAAAUCUUUAGUGAUAAUUGUAUCAUACUAGGAUUUCCGAAAAUAUAAACGAUUAUUUAUA